AUGGCCCUUCUGACUUGUCUUCUUGUGUUGGACAUUCAAAUGACGGAUGGUCGGCCUGAUAUCUCCACGGAAGCAACAAAACCACCAUUGAUGCCCAUAACAACGAUUAAAAUUAAGAACGACAGAAAAAAAAGAAGUAACGACAAUACUACUACUACUACCAACAACAACAACAACGACAUCAGUCCUUCAACCACUACUAUUAGUGGUGAUGCAAUUGAAUUCAGGACUAGGAGGUUUACACCAAUUGAAAUUAAAGACAUUGGCGAUAUCAUUGACAACAGCAACAACAACAACAACAAUACCACUACUACUACUACUACUACCAAAAAAGCCCUGCCGGUUGAAAUCAUCGACUAUGGGGGAUACUUUGGCGAGCCCUACGAUUAUUAUGACGAGGAUGAAGCUACCACCACUACGACUACUACUAAUAAUAAUAACAAUAACAAUGUUUAUAAUAAUAACAAUAAAAUUUCAACUACUACUACUACUACUACUACUACUACUACUACUACUACUACUACUACUACUACUACUACUACUACCAAAGCUACUAUUACUACUACUACUACCACACAAAGAUCAAUCGAUGUUUAUAAAACUUGUAGCCAGUAUGGGGAUAGAGUGCUAAAAUUUGACGGCCAGCUAGCGUUUAAAAAUAAAAAAAUGAAAAACCAAAGAAAACUAAUCGACAUAGAGACAUCAGAAUAUUCGCUCCGAGUUCAGACUCGUACCGAAACCCUACCGCAAGCACUAUUCGGUCGAAUAAUACCAACCAUAUCGCCGUCCUUCUUAUACAGCGUCACCAUAACUCAUUGCGGUAAUGUGAUUGAAGUAUUGAUGCCGCCAUUUCAUCUCAGAGCCGGAUCCUGUGCUGUUAUAUUGAACGGGCGAUGGAUCAAUAUUCCCUACAACUACGGAGACAAGUGGGCGAUAAUGGAGAGGGCGAAAUAUAUUGAAUUUGUAUCUAGGCUAUCAGGCUUCACCAUAAAAGUUCAUCCAAAGGGUGGUCUGAUAAUAACAAUGCCCGAAUCGUGCCACGAAAAGAUCAAAGGAGUAUGUGGUGGUGGUGACGAUUACGAACAUUACGAUAACGAUGAUGACGAUCAUGAUAAUGAUAAUCACGAUGGUGAUGAUCAUGAUCAUGAUAAUGACGGCAAUGGUGGCCAAUUUUCAGGCCACAAAAACGCUCAGACGAAAAAGUUUCGUAGAAGUAUUGGUGAUAGUGAUGGAGAGGAUGAUGAUGAUGAUGACCAUGAUGGAUACGGUUCCGGUAAGAAUGAUGAUGAUAAUGAUGACGGUGGUAAUGAUAAUAGUAGCUAUGAGAGUGGUGGUGAUGAUGAUGAUGAGCUUUCGCGUCACAAGAAAGGACCAACACGUAGAAACGUUGGUGAUGAUAGCGAUAAUUUUGACAAAUACUAUGAUGAUGAUGACGACGAAGAAGAAGAUGAUGAUGAGAAUGAUGAUGAAGAUGCUUAUAACGAUGGCGGUGCUGAUUAUCAUCAUCCUUAA